GGCCGGCGGAGCCGCGGCGCUGUUACCGCCGUGCGGGAAUGUCGGCACUCGGUGAUGUCAGAGCGCUCGGGUCGUUUGAAGGUUAGCAGCCGGCGAUGGGUUCACGCAAAGUUCACCCGCAUAUAUUAGGCAGCCAGAUCUUUCAUUCCCUGUGACAAAACUAGUAGGAAAUGAGCUGUAUUGAGGCAGGAUCAGCCAUUCGCCGUCCGUCGGAGGGGAGACGCGCUUUUAAACACACGCGGCCGCGGUGUUUCUGAAACGUUUUAGUCCACCGCCUUUGAUUGAAGAUCGGAGCUUUUGUGUCGGUAACGUUGCGGGACGGCGCCGCACGCCGCCUUUCUGGAGAAACGAUUCGGAAAUUUUACUGAGGGUAUCGAUCGUCCCCCCCUUUUCCCACUUCUUUGAAUCUGGACUUAGUGGGAAAUGGCAAGCGAUCAUUUGGAUCAAUUACAAGCUUUUAGCCGUGUUGUCUGUCAUAAUUCAUGAUUGUAGUCGGGGAGGGAAGAGCAACAUCUGACGUGCCAAAAGAGAGGCAGAGUUUGAUGGAGUUCGGUCCAGUGUAGCGGGCGAUUUACACCCUCCCAUUAAGGAAAGAAGCAGUAAUUUGCAGUCUUCUGUAGAGGUGCAUCAUGUUUGACUGUAUGGAUGUGUUAGCCGUAAGCCCGGGACAGAUGCUGGAUUUUUACACCUCCAGUCCGUCUUCGUGCAUGCUACAGGAGAAAGCUCUGAAGGCAUGCUUCAGCGGGCUGGCGCAAAGGGACUGGCAGCACCGCCGGAGCGCGCAGUCAGCUGUUGAGACCCAGAGUAGCAGUUCAGAGGAGCUGGUCCCGAGCCCCCCCUCACCCCCGGCCCCACCGCGCAUUUACAAGCCCUGCUUUGUGUGCCAGGACAAGUCUUCGGGCUACCACUAUGGCGUCAGCGCCUGCGAGGGCUGCAAGGGCUUCUUCCGCAGAAGCAUCCAGAAGAACAUGGUCUACACGUGCCACAGGGACAAGAACUGCAUCAUCAACAAGGUCACCAGGAACCGCUGCCAGUAUUGCCGACUGCAGAAGUGCUUCGCCGUCGGCAUGUCGAAGGAGUCUGUCCGGAAUGACCGGAACAAGAGGAAGAAGGAGAUCCCCAAGUUGGAAUUGGCGGAGAGCUACGAACUGACCACUGAGCUGGAGACCAUCGUGGAGAAGAUCCGGAAGGCGCACCAGGAGACCUUCCCCUCCCUCUGUCAGCUCGGCAAGUACACCACGAACUCGAGUGCAGACCACCGUGUGCGUCUGGAUCUCGGCCUGUGGGAUAAAUUCAGUGAGCUGGCCACCAAGUGCAUCAUCAAGAUCGUGGAGUUUGCCAAGAGGGUCCCCGGUUUCACGGGGCUCACCAUCGCCGACCAGAUCACCCUGCUCAAGGCCGCCUGCCUGGACAUCCUGAUCCUCCGCAUCUGCACGAGGUACACCCCCGACCAGGACACCAUGACCUUCUCCGAUGGCCUGACCCUGAACCGGACUCAGAUGCACAACGCCGGCUUUGGGCCGCUCACCGACCUGGUGUUCACGUUCGCCAACCAGCUACUACCCAUUGAGAUGGACGACACUGAGACUGGACUCCUCAGCGCCAUCUGCCUGAUCUCCGGAGACCGCCAGGACCUGGAGGAACCCUUGAAGGUGGACCAGCUCCAGGAGCCGCUUCUGGAGGCCUUGAAGAUCUACGUGCGUAAGCGGCGGCCCAGCAAGCCGCACAUGUUCCCCAAGACGCUGAUGAAGAUCACCGACCUACGCAGCAUCAGUGCCAAAGGUGCGGAGCGGGUCAUCUCGCUGAAGAUGGAGAUUCCGGGCUCCAUGCCCCCACUCAUCCAGGAGAUGCUGGAGAACUCUGAGGGCCAGGAAGCGCAGGGUGGCUCUGAGGACAAGGCUGGCCCCGAGGAGCCCGAGCACGGGUCCCCGUCCCCUACGCCCGCUGACUGCUCCGCCCCUACGCCCGCUGACGGCGCGGCCCCUACGCCCGCUGAUGGCACCGCCUCUAGGCCCGCUGACGGUGCCACCCCUAUGCCCGCCGUCGACCCUUAGGAGGAUCGGAGCUGGACCAGCUGCUCCUUCCCCACCCCAGCGGACUCUCGGAUAUUAACUUUGCACAAAUCCAGUUGGAAGGGCGGAGAGCGUGAUCAGAAGUGCCCACCUUCGCCCCCACCCUCCACCCCAAGGCCUGAAAGGACCAGUGUUUCCUGUAUAAUACUUACUGAGCUCUUAUGGGCAACCUGCCCUUGGGACCUGCCAUGCGCAUCAGCACCCGAGGGCGUCCAGCCGGAUGCCUGCACAGGUGAACUCCGCUCGGGUCACGCGUGCAAGUCCGUAGCUGCAUGCCGCGCUCCCAGGUCCCGUACAGACACCAUGCUCCCAGCGUACAUUGUACAUACCAUUGUAUGGUGAGGCCACUGUUUGUUUUGAUCUCAUGGUGCUUCCUCAUUGUCUUAAAUACGCUAAAUUUUAAGGCAAAGCUGUACAAUAUGGUAAAAGCCUGACUUAAAAGUCCUUUAAAAUAGAAUGUCCUCGUGUAGAUAGUGGGGGAAUCUACUUUGUAUUUGUUCAUAAUUUAAAGCUUUUUGAAAAGAAAACACAAAAAAAAGUCCCAUUUCACUACCUGUACGUCUGUCUGCACGUGGGCAGGAUGCAGGAAGACCCUUCCUGCCCCCCCCACCCCCGACACAUUGCUCUCAGCCUUAAUCUGCACCAGGAAGCAGCUUCCAAAACCAUAGAUCUAAAGUUACUAGAGCUGUCUAGAGCUGGGAAACCAGAUUUUCAGUGCUUCAAUCUGAAUGUAUUGUUUAAACAUAAAAUAUCUCUUCGAGCAUCUCAGCAAUUCUGCGACUUUGGAUGUUUUGUUGACGGUUGGUUAUAGUGUCAGGAUAACCUGUGGCUGAGUGUUUUGUUUACUAAGCUUGCUACACAACAGAAAAUGAAUCACCCCCCCCCCCCCCCCAAAAAAAAAAAAACAUGGUCUAUGAUUAAGGUAAUCGCAUGAGCCCAAGUGAGCCUCAUUCUCUAAUGAUGUUUGCUCUUCUUCGGGAACACGCUGUAGGGUAACUGACUGUCUGUAUCAAACUCCACCCCCUCCAGCUACGGAGUCACACUCCAUUGAUUACCCGGCAAACAGAGAUAAAGGAACGAAAAAGCCGCCCAUUCCUCUUGCAGAGCGGCGUGCGGAGCCUCCACCGUUACCCAACAGGCCCUCCGAGUUUUAUUAGGGGUGGAAAACUGGCGCCGUACAGCGAGCAGCGGCGGCUUUGAAAACCACAGGGGUCUCGUGUAAUUGGGGGCGUCGGCCACCUCCGACCAAAUGUAAACACAUGGGGUCUGGGGGGAAACGGCAGCAGCAAAGCUGCCUUUUUAAUUAAGGGGUUCGUAACACGCCACUGAAAGGAUGGCAGCUGCUAAUGCCGGCGGUAAAGAAACCAUUGGGCAGGCAUGUGGGUGGGGGGUCUGCGCUGGCUUCAGAGUGAGAUCGUACGCUCGUCCUGAUGGUCCCUUUACUCCUAAGUGCUGUCAGAAGACACACAUUCCUGUUUAAUUGGAUACUUAAAAAAAUCUCGGGGUUGGGGGAGGGGGCCCAAAGGAGAGAGAUUCGGUACCGGUUACUGUAAACCAGGGAGCACUGACUUCUCUAUUAGUACCACACAAUCAACCACGAAAAAUCCUAAUCAAGCCAGAGACGACUAUAUACCAAGAUCCAGAAAUUGGGUUAUGAUUUGUUUUGCUUCCAUCCUUUGUGUGUUAAGCUGGGUGUUGGUACUCAGAGAAGCCCACAGCUCUGCCGUGUGCAAGUCUGAAACCUUUCAGCAUCUAGUAGCAACGCUAUAUCUAAGCCGGACACAUUUUCAGUCAUUAGCAGGUGACCCACCCAAGAAAUGUACAUUCCAGAGCUGAGCUUGCAUAUAAGUUCAACGUGUUUCAGUUAUUGAGGUUUGUGAAAUCAGAGGAAGAGUGUAUGAAUGUAAUGGGUUGUUUUCUGUGUAAUUAUGUAAAAUGUGAAAGCUGUCACUCGAGAAUGAUAAGCGCAGGUGCAUCUCUCGAGCUGGUUCUGUGACACCGACUGAAUGUCAGAUGUCUUAACUGGCAGUCCACCUGCAGGGGGAGCUCUGGAGAAAAAGUUGGAACGCCGGUUAUUAUUUAAGAAAAGAAAAAAACCUUGCUGAAUGUCAUUUUGUUUCUAGUUUAUUUUUUGAUGUAAAUAUAGUCGCCAUGGGGGCCACAGUGAUGGCCCCAGAGGCCCCCCAGCCUCACAUUGAUGUUUAGAUGCGCAGGAACUUGACCUAGUCGUCGGCCUGCGGUUCCAUGCACUGGACUGCACUGCCGAUGGGAUGCCAGCCUAAAUGGGUUACUUCUGUACUGACGGCGCGUGCGCCCGCCGAACUAUCGUGGAUGAAAGUCUCGGAUAAUUGGGGGGGUGGGUACCCCAGUGAGAGAACAGCGCGGGACUGUGCUGGUGCUCCAGCAAGAUCAGGAAUGAGAUCAGCGGCUAAAGCUGGAAAAUAUUCAACCGUGGAACGGCCCUCGUCUGCAGAGGUAAAACAACUGCACUGGGUAGGAGACGUAUCUAAGGCCUUACGCUAGCACUGAGGCCACCAGUGUGCAGGCAAAACCCUCAAAUGUGUGUAUGUAUAUAUAUAUAUAUAUAUAUAUAUAUAUAUAAAAUAAUCAAUGGACGCCAAGUGUGAUUCCGAUGAAUUCACUGGAGGCUGUGGGGGGUUUAAAUCUUUAUACUAGUCUCCCCCACCCCACUCCUUGGGGACCUACAGCAGUGCACAUCUUUGCUCACUCCUGGCUGUCUGUGCAGCCCCGAGGACCAGAUUGGGAAACGCUUCAGUGGUUUGUCCGCAGCCGCCUGCCCCCUCAAAGGACUGAGCUUAAGUGGGCGGGGCCUGUCUUAUGCAUCUCUGUCCGUUCCGUUACUUCCACUGGCUCCUGUUUGUACAUUAAACAAUGCUUUUUAUGUUCAUAUACUGUUUACCAUGAAAUCUGGCUAAAUAAAAAUAUAUUUAUUUUAAAAUACAAACGGGUAUGUUUU